AUGUCCUUCCGUCCCGUUUCUCAAACCAAAGGUUUCUAUGCACGCGACUACAGCCUCUGGUUAGGCUGGAAUAAUAUGCGAUAUAUCAUCGAGGCAGCUGUCCUCCACGGACGUAUUCUAAACCGUACUACGAUCAUACCCUCUGAUGUGUAUGCUCGUGCCUGCGAAUUCGAUAAUUCCGUAUGCGCUGCGUAUGCUACCAUGGCCAAUAGGGGGGACGCAACCGGUACAGAUGAAUGGCGCCAACUUCCCAUAGAAAAACAAAUGGCCUGGAGGAUACCCGUGUCUCUCAUGUUCAACUUGACCCAUUUGCGUGAGACACAUGCAGUCAUCACAGUAUCUGAAUAUCUCCGCUUGCACAACAUUUCGGUCGAUGUGGAAACCACCAACGGACGCUGGGAUACCGAUUUAUAUCACCGCGGCGUCAACAUAGAUAGCGGGGUGGAACCCAGCCUCUACGUUAUCAAGAAUGAGUGGUAUGACGCCAGUAUUAUUCGGGUUGAUCAGCUGCCACAAACUAUGCGGGAGAGGGGGGGAUGGAAUACCACUCAUGGACAACUCGGGUCCUGGACUAUCACGGAAGAAACCCCUCUCUCAAAGGCGCUGCAUGAUUCAAUGCCAUUCGGUGCAUCGGUUCUCGAUUGGGACACUGUCCUCGUAGUUGUGGGGGAUCGUCAUGACCCAGACGAGACCGGAUCAUCGUCGGUUAACAAUAUCGCAAGUACACUGGAAGAGAAUGGCUGGGAAGUCCUUUACACCUACGGCGGCGCCUGUGGCUCAGAUGCAACGAAAGAUGUCGCAGUUCCAAUCCGACAAGCAGUCCCACGACAAUUACUGCGUGGAUUGUACGAAGACUUUGGGUUCAUAGAGCAAGACGUGCUUCUCCUCCAGGGUGAGGUUCAUUUGGGACGGAAGCCGGGUGCCCUCAAAUUCACCACCUUUGAAAAUCGAGAGAGAUACACGCAAGCAGUCCUGUCUGACUUUCGUCUCACAGAUAAUGUGAUUGACCUGGCGGAUCUGCUGUCUAACCGCAUGGUCGAGAAGGUCGGUGGACGAAUGUGGAUGGGAGCUCAUAUGCGACGGGGGGAUUGUCAUCUAGUUGCGACGUUGAAAUGGACUAUGGAGCCCAGUUUUGAAGCUCAUCUCGCCCGGAUCAAGCGCCAUCUACGCGACGGACGGGAUAUCCUACAUUUCGUGCAUCGUGGGCCUCUCUAUACCUACGAAGUUCCAUUUGGUCAAGCCGAUCGCACGCCUCUACUUCUAGAUCCUCCAGCACAUCAUGACCGAUUCUACAUUGCCACCGACGAACGCGAUCCCACGAAUCUUACAUACCUGCGAGAUCAAGGUGCCGUUUUGAUUUCCGACCUGCUAACUAUAGAAGAUCGCCGAACCUUUGGAUGGUCUCUGAUGCUCACCGACGUUCUCAGUGUGCUUGAGCAGGCAACCCUUGCCCACGCAGCGUACUUUUAUGCCCAUGCGCAUAGUUCGGUCGCUGGCGGUAUCGUGAAUCUUCGUGCUUCUCAUGGAGCUGAUCCACGAACUGCAUUGCUGGAGACUUGA